AUGACCCAGCAAGACUUGCACGAUAGGCUGGGAAGGUAUUCGAAUAACUCACUGGACAUUCGCAGCGGACACAGGCUAGGGUUGCACGACACCGUGGAAAGCAGCAGCAACACCAGCAUCAGCAGCGACUGCUUGAAAAACUCGAGUUCAAAUGCCGUUGGUGGCUCCAACAGCUCCGUAUUGGAGCUGGACGGAACCGCUUCGGGUGAAGCCCCGGUAUCGGUUCCCAACUCCUUCGUUAAACCAACCCAUACCCACAAGCAGGCCAGUCCCACAGCAGUGACGGAUCUUCUAGCCAUGCUCGACGACCAUGCCGCGCUCCACAGCGUUUUGCAGCUUACAGACUCCUCCGAAGCUCGGCUGCCGACGGAUACCCAGCUUCUCGCGCAAACAUCGAACUCGAAUUCGAAUUCGGUCUCAAAUUCCUCAGGACUCUCACCACAGGGAAUUAUACAGGAUUCUACGCUGCUCGCGCCUGAAGAAGACCCGCUCGAAACUCUCUCCCGCUCACUGGACAAAAAUGGAGCCUUCAACUUGAAGUCUUACGAAAGCCCUUACACCCGCAAUACACCAUUAUCUCCGUCAACACACUCACAUUCUCAACCACAGCCUUGCAUCAAUCCUAACCUACUCAGCAACGCAAAUUCUCAAUAUGUCGACUCUGGUUAUUCCUUGGACCGCAAUUCUCCGCCUGAUAAUUAUCCGGAUGACGAUUCUGCCUCACUUUUCGACGAAUUUUCCUUCCAGCGAAGAAUGAGCGAGCUUGCAUCGUCUCGUCAUGUUUCAAGACCGGAACUACAACAUAGAAACUCCAUUUCCUAUAAUACAGAUGCUUGGAACUUACCAAGCUCAACGUCGACCACGAUGCCCAGCCAAAAGUCGCAUCGGUCUUUUGGUGGUAUUUUACCUUCUUCAACAACCACUGUUCGGCCGGCAAGUACCGAAAAAAGAUCAGAAUCUUUAAGACCUGGCAGUCUUUCCACGUCACCAUUCAAGAUAGACAACGAGCUCACCAAGCUUCUGGAUGACUACAACCUCAACUACUCUGCGGCCAAGCCAACCAAAACAAGGACUGGAUCUUUGAAUAGCAUGAGCAAUGCGCGGAGACCGUCAGUUUCAGAAUCUCAGCACCGUGUUCAAAAACAACGUGCUUCCAUGUCCCUGGUGGACGGCAACAACCUGGAUCUGAUAGCCAAGCUAUAUGGUGAUAUUAAGGCACCAAGACCUAAACUUACGAGCCUAUCGUGGGAGAACGCAAUAAUGUCGGACGAUGAAGAUGACGAAAGUGGAGACAGAGAUACACAAGCGGCAAGCGAUAAUAGCAUGACCCGAAAUACGGAUGGCGAAAUUCAGCUCAGAUCUGCGAACGACGAAAACAAUGAGAUGAGAGAGGAAGCUUUGGAUGAAGAAGAUGACGAUGUGACGCGAGUGCAAUCAGCUCAUUUGGAUUUGUCGGCGGACUUUCUUUCUCACAAUCUCAAGCCAACUUUGACAUCCCAUGAUGCUAAGUUUGUACAUCCCAACUUGCUUAUGAAUAACCAAAGCCCAUUGCUUGAUAUUUCUGGACUCUCCACCAAAUCAAAUACGUCGGGCCUCUCAAAUUCAUUUCAUCAACCUACAACCACUUCUCCCCCAUCCUCAUCCUACCCAGGCCAGAACGCUAUUCAUUACAACAACAACCAAAAUUCAGGAAAACCUAGAAAACGGCAGUCUUUUUCCAAGGUUACGCGCAACAGCAAGUCCUCAUCGCCGUUUGACGAAGACGAAAAACCGUUUAAGUGUCAAGAAUGCACCAAGGCUUUCCGUAGAAGCGAACAUCUAAAAAGGCACAUACGAUCUGUUCACUCUACCGAACGACCCUUCCAUUGCUCAUACUGUGACAAAAAGUUCAGCAGAAGCGACAACUUGUCACAGCACCUCAAGACUCAUAAGAAACAUGGCGAUUUCUAG